AUGCACACAGACCGUCAAUGCAAUCGCAAAGCUAUCAACGUCUCCCGUGGAGAGGAGGAGAUGCCAAGAGACAGCCACAGCUUAGCGCUCGAAUAUGUAAUUCCUCAGAAGCCCCUGCGCCGUUACCGGGUUGACUCGUUAACGAGUGCCGUUACCGGUAUAAAACCUUGUUCAGAGCUGUCAUUUCCUGUGAAGAUCUACUUCUGUGUCACUAUUCUGUCCCUGCUAAGUGUCAUAGGGCUAACCAUAGAGACACUCGUUCGACAAACAGAGGAAGAUUUCACCGUUUCUCUUAUUCAGUUAGUCGGAGUUGUGUUCUGCGUAUACUACGUGACUCGCGGAAUCCUGCAGGAGAAUCGCCAGGAGCUCAUUGUCUUUGUUCUUUCCAUCUUGCUGGUGAUGUUUCGCUCCAUUGUCAACUUCACGGUUCUCUCUGCUGAGCAAAAGCCGAAACUCCUGGCCCGCUUCAUUCUGAUCCUCUUGGUUGGCUCCUUUGACGUGAUCUGUGCCCUCAUCCUCAUUCAGAGUCAAAGCAUGAUGGCCUUCCGAGUGGGUGGUGCUCUAGAAAGCCUACAGUCACAAUACUUCAUGCUGAACCUCUGUUUUUCCAUGUUGACCUUUGAUCUCCAGGCACAGCUCUGCUUGUGUGUUCUGCUGAUAAGUCUGCAUGAGAUCACCCUUCUACAUAACAUCAUCUCAGCAGCAGGGGCUCUUUGGGCCUGCCUGAAGGUGGCCGUUAGCAUCGUCGCAAUUUUAAAAGAACUGAAACCUCUAGUGUGGAUUUUUCUGAGUCAGAACGUACCUGAAGUAGUUUAUCUCAUCUACCUGCUUUACACGGUGAUAAGGGAGUGGGGCAAAGGGAAUUCAUACACUCUGGAAGCUGCAUUCAUUACCGGCUCUUGCAUUUCUGUUGCAAUAAAAUCUGUUCUGUUUUGGGCACUGAUUCAUGUCUACCGCAGCUUCGGACAGGGGCUGAGAGAAAGAAUGUUUUCUUCCUAUGGAAGGAUCGACUCCUGAGCACCCCCGCUGUGUUCUGCCUGCAGCUCUUACAGAGUGAGGUCAGAGCUGGGGAAAUUCUCAUCAAGUACUUGCAUUCCGGACCCGAGACAAUGGGUCAGUUUCACAGAGGUCGAGGAAGUUGCUCAGAAAGAUGUCUGUACGUUUCUUGGUUUGUGUUGAGCUAGGGAACUGUAGCAGUGCAGCUGGUAACUUAGUUUAAAAAGCGAAGUGCGCUCGGGAAAUUAACAGUAAUCCUCUCAAUUCAGUGAGUUUUGCUGACUGACAACGCAUCUUUCACUC